CUUCUUGUGGAGCCACGGCGCCGGAAUGUCAUCGCAAAUUGUCAUCAUUUUGGAUGUACAGGCACUGCUAGUCCUGCAACGCAGUAUUUUCUUAUUAAUCUAAAAGACGUCAACGCAGAGGACAGUGUGUUCCGCGUCUGUAAAACUCAUAAAGUUGAAACUUCGACUUUUACGCAAAGUCAUCUCCUGGACGUUACGCCUACGCUUACGCUUGUCUUUUGGUCUCCGAAGUCUCGCCAUAAAAGACUCCACUCUACAUAACUUUACGCAUGUUGAACUUUUCCAAUGUUGUAUUGAAUAGGGGUGGUAGUUUUAUAACGCUGAAAUCUGACAACGGAUGUCAACCAGGGGGGACAGAAGGAUGAACGCGCUCACUCAUUUUUUGUGAGCACGUUUUUAAUAACGAUUUACUUCUCAACUCUGUCACUGACGUUGGAAUCAAUGCAGUGUCAUCCGAGAGGACGUGUGGUCCGAAACUCACCUAAACGUUGAUACGUGCUGGAAGUGAUGCACUGGCUUCCUCUGGUUGCCAUGGUGAUAGCGUCGGCCUUGCCGUUCCCCCACAGCCCUCUGCCCAGGCUGGUUGCCGCCUCAAGCCACUCCAGCCAGACCCAGCUCAACCUCACUCUCAACAGCAGCGGCAGCAGCCCGUCCUCUGAGCCUGACUUCAGCUCUCCCGCUGCUACGGUGCCCGUGCUGGACUACAGUUCCCAUCACGGUGAUGUGUCCCAAACGGACUACAGUAUGGCUGCCAGGAAGGUGGAGGGUGAAGCCUCCGAGCGGAAAGCAGCUCUGGGGGACUUAGCGCAGUCGACGUCGUACAAGGGAGAGCUGGAACAACAGACAAUCAAGCUUAACCCAAAAAAUCUCAAAUCCGAACAUCAUUUUCUGAACAGCAACACAAAGGACGGCGCUCCAGAGCAGCAGGCCAGUACUGAUGGCCAGAGCGACAGUCGGCAGGACACAGUGGACUACAAAACAGGUGAUCAGCAAAGCCCAGGAGGACACCCCAGUGACUAUGACGACCACAUUACACACGGCUCAGACUCGGAGUCCGGUCGGUUAGACCCAGACCACAUCCACACCAAAGAGCGACCAGCAGCAGCAGCAGCAGCAGCAGAGGGUCUGGCCGUGCAGAGCUCGAGCUCGGGUCACACCACAGGACUACUUGUUUCAGAGGUGGUCACCACCACCAGUAGUGACACGCUUGACCACUUGCCAUCGACACAGACUGGAGUUCAGCACGUGUCAAAGACCAGCGCUGGUCUAACGCGGCGAGAGUCGGCAGAAAACACACUGGAGCCGAGCAGGGGGGCUGCUGCGGAUGAUGAAAGCCUGAGGACAGAGUCCUCAGAGGGGGAUGGCGGGGAGUCUCAUGGGGCCGAGGUGGACCUAGGGGUGGUCAUGGGGUUGGGGAUGGGUCCAGGUUCAUCUCUGGGUGUUGGUGGUGGACUUGGUGGAGGAGACGGGGCACUGCAGGCUGAGGAGGACCUUUUGUUUCUGGACGCACACCCCCGGGUGCUCUUCUCAGCCUCCUCCGCGCCCCCCAGGCACCCGCCCCUGCUGCUCAUGCUGGAGAGGGGCCAGUUGUCUGGGGGGGAGGAGGAGGAGGACAGUGGGAACUGGGAGCACGAGGAGGAGGAGGAGGACAACAAUGAUGUCAAAGGUGACACUGACGCAGCAGGUUCGUACCAGAACGUUCUACUGGGCCGAACCGACGCGGCUGCAGGCGCAGGCGUGCCUCCUAGUAGCAGGUCCCGCCGGAGCCUCUCGGCACAUAACGGCGGCGGGCACGGGCGAGAGCAGUCGGUGUGCGACGAGCGCUCCGACUGGGUGACGGACAAGCGCACGGCCGUGGACAUCCACCACCGCACCGUCACCAUCGUGGCCGAGAUCCCCACCAAGACGGGCCCGCUCAAGCAGUACUUCUACGAGACGCGCUGUCGCGAGGACUCCCACCGCACCUCGCUAGCGGUGGCGGCGUCCGCGGCUCACACCCACAGCGACAACGCGCAGCAGGCGCUGGGCUGCCGCGGCGUGGACAAGCGUCAGUGGAACAGCAGCUGCCAGACCAAGCAGUCGUUUGUGCGCGCCCUGACCCAGGACGCCAACAACCGCAUGGGCUGGCGCUGGAUACGCAUCAACUCCUCCUGCGUGUGCGUGCUGCUCUCGCGGGUCACCAGGAACCACCCCAUGAUCGAGGGGACGGCGGCGGGGGCCGGGGCGGGGGCAGGGGCGGCAGGGGCUCGGGAGAGGCAGAGGACGGGGGCGACAGAGGGGGGCAGAGCUGAGGGGAGGCAAGUCAGGGCAGCUAUGAGGAGAGCAGGGGAGGGCAGGAGGAGCUGA